AAUAUUUUUCUAUAAUAUUUUGACAGAAUCGUUAGAAAUGUCUACUGAGGGUGUCACAGUUCAGACCUGUUCACUAUAAAAGGGAGACAGUGUAUAAGCGGCCGGAAAGCUCAGUCGGUAGAGCCACGGUACGGUAUUCCGAGGGUCCCGAGUUCGAGUCCCGGUCAGGCUGCACAUUGUUCUCACACUGGGACAUUAAGCGCAAAGCAUGGGACCGUGAUGGUAUAAGCUUCGAGUCCAGUUUCACAUUGCUCUCUGUACCCAUUAGAAAUUCAAGGAAGAAUUUCAAUAACGCGAGGGAAAAUUCCUCGGUUCAAACUUGAGUUUAAGCAGCCGGAUAUCUUCACCGGAAAUAUGUGUAUGCGGUCAGAUAACUUCACCGGAAAUGUGUAUAAUCGGCGGAAUAGCUUCCCCAGAGUCAGGGACAUCUUGUUUGCGGGUCCCGGGUCCAAUUUCUUGGAAGAGAAGGCCUUUAUCCGUGAAGAAAAAUUGUUAACCGUUCCAAAACUUAAGGCGAAAUCGAACAAUGACAUAGGCGUUCGAAUUGAUCGUAUGCAGGACGUUGCAGGUGACUCACCAGUAUAUAGAAAUAACAUGUUUGACGAUAUUAUCCCUACUUCCAAAAAGGAAAUUAUUCUCCGAAUAAAGGCGGAAAUGAAAGCUGAAGCUAAUUACCAUCUUUUGACCAACAACUGCCAACAUUCCUGUACAAAAAUAAAAUAUGGGAUCCCCUUUAGUAGACAGGCUGAUAUUUCAGGCUGGAACGCUUAUGAAAACAAAAGGGUCCAAGUAGCAUUAGUUGGCGAUUUGAAACCAAAAAGUAAUCAUAUGAUAAACAAAUUUGUACAUCAAGAAAGAUUUGAAUGUUCUGACAAAGGAAAAUCUGAUGAGAACGACUUUCAUUAUAUGAUUUACAAUCGAACCAAAACCGGCUUUCAUGAUUUUUCUGAUUUAUAUGUUUCAACUUUUGUGAGAGAAACACAAAUAAGGUCCGAAAUCCAGCAAUGCAUUCAAAAUAAUACACCCAAUACUGAUUAUUCAAACAUUACACUUACAUCCCAACUAUCGGAAUGUAAAAUCUUUAAUAUCGUACCAUGUCGAACACGUUUAAGUGGCUCUGGAAGUCAGCUGCUUUAUUCCAUGGAAUAUAAAUACGAUAAUGAUACAAGCUAUACCGAACCAUGUCGAACACGUUUAAGUAGCUCUGGAAGUCAGCUGCUUAAUUCUACGGAAUGUAAAUACGAUUAUGCCACAAGCAAUACCGAACUAUAUCAAACACGUUUAAGUGACUUUGAAAUUCGGCUGCACAAUUCUACACCUUCAUCUGAUUCCAAUGUAUCGGAAGGAUAUAUGCCAUCAACACUUGUGUCUGCAAUUUCAGUAAUCAUUUUGGGUAGUUUGGGUAUGUGUAUUAUAAUAAGACAUUGGUAUAAAAGUCGUGAAAGAAUGUCCAAUAGCAAUUCUGCAGUGUCUACAAUUGAGCCUAUUCAUGACGGUAGUAAUUAAUGCAACUGCAGUUGAGUUCACACUAAAGAUUACAGUUGUUACAUGUUUUAAAAAGGUGAUAUCAUGGAGUAUAAUAUCUGUGGUGAUAUACAAGCACCUAAUCGGUUAAAUAAACACUGACCAGCCAAUAAACGACUUGACACUGAUACGAUUUUAUAAAUCAUACCCAGGCAUUGUUACAUAAUAAUAAACUAUAAGAAUCAACAUUUAAGUGCAAGAGAGACUUUAUGUUAUAAAUUACAGAGAACUGCUGAUUAGCAAUGAAAAUAUAAAAAAAAACAUAUUUUAUUGUGAAUAAUGCAACUUUUAAAGAGGUACAUGUAUGUAAAGUAAUUAAAAUAAACUUCAAAAACACAUAUUUAUCUUAAAAAAUGAAUGAGUGGUCACAUUUAACUUAAACUUGGAAAAUGUUAAAAUGUCUUAGUGAAAGAAAUGUUUGCGUGUUUUGACAAGUUAUAUAUAGUUAUAUUCAAAUUACAUGAAAUGACAUAAAAAUGCUUUAGACAAGACCAGACCUUGAUUCAUGCAUUUGACAGACAACAUUUUAAAUCCGAAAUAAAUGCAAAUCUGUAUAUGUUUUCAGACAAUAUUUCGUAGAAAAAUGCAGAUAAAUAGGGUAUCGGCGGAUUGAAAUGUUCACACUGACUUCAAUUUAAAAACUUUUAUCUUUUAGAACUUUUAGAAAUAAAAUAUGAAAAAUCGGGAAGUUAUUAAUAUAUCUGUAAUACAGCUCUGCAAGAGAAAUCUGUAAUAGAUUUCCUAGCUUACCCAUACUUACAGUCAACAUAAUUAUGCGUUUAUAUGUUACCUACUCUAAAAAAGAAAUUAAAACAACAGUUUGACGAGAUUAUUUAUAAUUGUGAGAAUGAUAGUUCAUGCUUUAAUGGAGAGUGUUAUGAAAAGAGAAAUAAUUUUUACAUACUCUAAAUGAAUAUAGACUAUUUCAUUCGGAUGAGAUAAGUGAAAAUAUGGUAAGUGCUAGAAAUGAAUAUAAAUUUGAGAAGGAACAGAUACAAUUAUGACAAGCAGAAAACAUGUAGAAGCUUGUAGAUAACAUAUUUAAAAAUGCACGUCU